AUGUCACAACACCGAGCGCAAACUGCUACAUCCCGCACUGAAGAAGAUGAACAACCUCACUCACAUUCACCAUCUGAGACUACAUCUGGUGACUUGACUUCCGAGAUUGAAAUUGACUUGGGUAUGUCACGCGAGGAUCUAUACAGGAAUGCCCGAAAGGCACAGUCCAGGGCAAUCGCUGCGGUGGCUAAAGUCAAAGCAAGUCGUCGUAAGGCUGAUGAGUUAGCCACCACAGCUACAGAUGCAGAUUCAAGCCCAAGAAAACGGCCCAAGUUCACAAGUUCGGAGGUCCAGGAAACCAUCAAGACAGUUGAAUAUUAUGGCCGUAAAUUUCUCGUUACUCACAUGCUCUGGCUGCAUGGAGAUACAAAAGCUAGCUUUGAAACGCCCAUCGACGACAACUAUCACGAAUUCGAGCGAUUUGAAAAUACAGAAACCAUGCUUCAGGGCCAGUUACGAGAAAUUCAGGAGGUGGUUCCAGAGAAAUAUCUCGGAGAUCUCAGUAGUGACUGGUUUAGACGUGCGUUCCAGGCUGGAAUGCAAUCUCAAAGGUCAAACAUAUCAACACGAGUGCGCACUCGAUGUGGUGCAAUGAUUUUUGGCUGUACAGAGGCUCAGAUUAAGGCGGCAGCAUAUCGAAAAGAGACGUUUGGUUCACUCAUUGGCUGGAAGAAAAAUGACAAGGGAGAGUGGUACUAUGAUGCUUGGGAUUCAGAGAUUUUGCACGGCAGCUGGCAAGGAAAGCACGAUAUUCACACUGUUUUUUUGAACAAAAGUCUCAUGAUGGUUAUUAGUGGUGUCAUACGAGGGCCAGCAUCUGUUGUCUCAAUGAGCGCAGGAGAGGGUUCGGUUGCAUCCCGUAACAGCGAAACUCUUGACGUGAAAUGGGGGCUCGAUCAUACCACACCAGGGAUGAUCGCUGCCGGUGCUGUCCUGGUGCGAUGGGCCGCUUCUGUUGACACGCUUCUAACAGUUCAAGGGUCUCAGAGUGGAAUUAGAUGGAAAGAGGACUUCGAAGGCUACUUGCAAUAUUUGUUCAACGGCCUGAGACUCCGGAAGGCAAGUGUCCUUAACGUCUUUCGGCAAUGGGACAAGGUGUUGUUCCCAUCCUCAUCCAGUGGCUUCGGUGGCCGCCAGGCACGCAGUGAUAGAUGUGCGAAGAUGAAGAGUGUCAUGGAUGCACUGGAGGGCGAUGAUGAGGUUGAGGAAGACAGACAGGAUGAUAACCAUGAAGAUGGGCAACGUCACUGUGAGGGAGAUGGCGGACAUCAUGAAGAGUAA